CCCACACAGAACCCUCCCCUGUCUCCCAUUGCCUCCCCCCUUCCCCCAGGCUACAAUACACCUUACCCCUCCUCUGUUACUCAGGCAAAGGCUCCAUUUUCCGAGCAGCUCGGAAUUCACUUGUGGAUCCUGUGCGGUUGGCAGCUCUUCCUUCCGCCCACCUGGUCACCCCCUCCCUGGCUCUCAGCUUCUGGAGUUUGCAGAAAACUUUGCCUAUUGCGGGCGGCGGGCUGAGGAUAGGGAUCCGACCAGGGACAAUGCCACGGAACCCAGCUGGAGGGGGGACGCUGCUCCUGCUGUUUAUGAUUUUGUUUGGAGUUGGACAUAGUCUUCAUUUAGAGGUAAUAGAAAGAAGCAGAAAAGGAGAUGACAAAAAAGCUGUUUCUACAAAAGUAAUAAGAUACAAGCGAGAAUGGAUUAUACCACCUGUGACAAUCACAGAGGAACAGGAUAAUUCUUGGAGGAACCCAAUAGCAAAAAUUCAAUCAGAUUAUCAGAUCGACAGGAGAAUUACAUAUCGCAUUGAGGGUAUGGGGGUGACAAAACCUCCCCUUGGCAUUUUCAUUAUCAAUGAAAGGACUGGGGAACUGAACGUAACAGGAAUUGUGGACAGAGAAGAAACGCCAAUGUUCUAUCUUAAAGGUUAUGCUCUAGAUCAGAAUGGAAAUAACGCUGAACCGCCUAUAGAUCUCCGAGUAAAAGUAGUUGACAUUAAUGAUAAUGAUCCAGUUUUUACAAAUGAGGUUUUCUUUGGUGUCAUUGAGGAGUUAAGCCCAGCACAUACCCUAGUUCUUCAGCUAAAUGCAACUGAUGCUGAUGAUCCAAACACCAUCAACGCUAAACUUGCCUAUAAAGUCAUUUCUCAAGAACCAGGAGAUAUACAAAUAUUUGAAAUAAAUAAAGAUACUGGGGAAGUUUACUCAAAAGUAUCAAAUAUUGAUAGAGAGAAACAAAGCAGUUACUAUGUAGUUGUUGAAGUAAGAGAUAAUGAUGGAAAAGCAGGUUCUCUGUCUGGGACAGCUGCACUCAAAAUCAAAGUUAAGGAUGUGAACGACAACAUUCCGUACCUUGAAAAGGACCAGUAUGAAGGAACUGUUGAAGAAAAUACAGCAAAUGUGGAAGUUCUGCGAAUGAAAGCGAUUGACUUUGAUGAAGAAUUCACAGAUAAUUGGCUGGCUAACUUUACCAUUGUCUCUGGAAAUGAACAAAACAUUUUUCAGAUAAUAACAGAUACUGCAACUAAUGAGGGAAUUCUGAUGGUUGUAAAGGAAGUUGAUUAUGAGAUGAUGCAAAACGUUGAACUGAGUGUUGUGGUUUCAAAUAAAGCCGUAUAUCAUAGUUCAAUCAUAAGUGCUGGUGGAGGGGCUGGUGGUGGAGGUGGAGGUGGAGGUGGCGGUGGAGGUGGCGGUGGAGCUGGAGGGGCAAAGACAGUUUCUAUUAAAGUGAAGGUUAAAAACGUUCCAGAGGGUCCUGUCUUUAAGCCAAACAGAAAGACUCUCUUGAUUAGUGAAGGAAAAACUAAAGUUCAAACAGUGAUUGGAUCAUAUCGUGCAUAUGAUGGAGACACUGGGAAAGUUGCUGAGAAUGUUAAGUAUGCCAAAGAAUAUGACCCAGAUAAUUGGUUCACAAUUGAUCCAAUCACAGCUGAUAUCAAACUUAUUAAACUUCCAGAUCGCGAGUCAAUAUAUGUGGUUAACGGGAUCUAUGUGGCAAAAAUAUUGGCCAUUAGUGAAGAUCUUCCAGGAAAAACAGCCACUGGAACCAUUGCCAUAGAAGUUGGGGAUGAAAAUGAUAAUUGUCCUACUAUAAUCAAUCCAAUACAGACUGUUUGCAACACUGCAGACUUUAUCAAUGUGACUGCAGUGGAUCGUGAUGACUUCCCAUUUGGUGCCCCAUUUAAUUUUUCUAUAAUUGACGAGCCACCUGGAUAUGCAAAAUUCUGGACUAUUGGACCAAGCAAUGGGUUCAGUGUACAGCUGAAACCUCAAAAUAUCUGGGAUGGGCCACAGAAAGUGCACAUUCUGGUGAAAGACAACCAAGGAUUAAGUUGCCCAGAAAAGCAGAUCCUUUCACUCUUUAUUUGCACCUGUGUUAAUGGGGAUGCCUGCAAUGAACGAAUGGUUGACAAAUCUGUAAAACUGGGAGCUGCAGCCAUUGGACUAAUGAUUCUUACCUGCUUAUUAUUACUAUUGGUGCCACUUUUAUUACUUUUGUGCUAUUGUGGAUCUGCUGGGAAGGGAUUUAUGGCCAUACCAGAUGGCACAGACGCUACAUUUGUGAAAUGGAAUAAUGAAGGCGCAGCUCCUGAAAACAUGGCUGGCCUUGCUCCACAUAUUCUUGCGGCUGGAGUUACUGCAGGGGGCAGUGCAGCUGCUGCUGCAGGAGGUAUGAGAAAAGGAGAAGCAGGCUUUCAGUCUAUGGAUGGAAUGUACCACUCAAGUAGCAUAAUGGACAGAAGAUGGGAAGAGCAAAGACGUUUGAUAUCAGAAGCAGAGUUUGCCCAAGCAGGGGCCGCAGGAACCACAUUAAGAUCCAUGGCUAUGCUGGGUUCUGGAAGUGGCUCAGGAGGCGCUGUAAUGGGAGGAGCUUAUAGUAGUGCAAUAAUAGCUGGAGGAGGUGCAGCCCUAGAUGAAGGAUUCAUAAGAGAGUACUUCAGCGAUAAAGCUUUUGGUUACUCCGAUGAAGACCAGGCUCAGCCAGCAAAAGACUGCAUUCUUACUUAUACCCAGGAAGAUGCCGGGUCACUCUCAGGAUCUGUUGGAUGCUGCAGUUUUAUUGAAAGUGAAUUUGAUUAUGACUGUCUUGAUGACUUAGGGAUGAAGUUCAAAGCACUGGCAGACAUUUGCCAGGGCAUGCAAACAAACACUGUCAUGCAAGUAGAGAGGCAUAAGUCAUAUGAGGAGCUUGCAGAAACUACUAAAUCAUUUACUAUGCAAGAUGUGCAACACUCACAGGCAAGCGUUAACAUUGGUCUAGAGCAAGAGGUAGAAGCUGCACCUGCCCCAGCUUUUGUCAGUAUGGAAAGUUCCUUUAGUUCACAUGUUCAAAGAAAAGAACCUGAAAUGGUAGUUAGAGAAGAAGUGAUUACUGAAGACUCUACUAGGUAUAUUCAUAAUCCAGCGCCUCGUGGUAAUAUCCUUGUGACAGAAAAAUCUUAUACCACGGGUCCCGCAUAUUUCCUUGAGCCACGGCACCAGCAGAAUGUCUUAGUGACAGAGAGGUUAAUUGGCAGUUCUCCUAGUUUGCAUAACAUGAUUGACCUCAAGGAUGGCCAGAAUGUCCAUCAGAAUGUCUUAGUGACAGAGACGUUAAUUGGCAGUUCUCCUAGUUUGCAUAACAUGAUUGACCUCAAGGAUGGUCAGAAUGUCCAUCAGAAUGUCUUAGUGACAGAGAGGUUAAUUGGCAGUUCUCCUAGUUUGCAAAACAUGAUUGACCUCAAGGAUGGACAGAAUGUCAUGGUAACAAAACGAGUGAUCACCUCUGACAAAGCAAGGCCUGGAUUGGUGGCAGCCAGUGAUUCUGUAGACUCCCAGUAUGUGGUUGUAACAGAGAGAGUACUGGCGCCCAGCUCUGGUCUACAGACCUCACUGAGCAUUCCUGACUUGGCUGUUGGGAAAAAUGUUGUAGUAACUGAAAGGCAUUAUACUCCUAUACAGGGAAACGUAAUACUUCCCACUGAGAUUUCCGGAGGGAGCACUAUAUUGAAAGAAGGCUCCGUACCUUCAGACCAAUAUGCCAAUAAUGAUCAAUUCUUUAAACAAGGGGGAUAUUUGUCAGAAGAGUUGCCACCUUCCACUAACAAUAUAAGUAAAUCUACUAGCAGAGUUACAAAACACAGCACUGUACAAUACACGCGGUCAUAACUGCAAAUAUAACAACAAACUGAAGAGUGUUUUAUAAUGUAAAACAUUUAUUUUUUUCUAGACAGAAUAUUUUCUCUUUGAAAUACCUGUAACUGCUUAUUAGCUAAGAUUUUCUUCACCUUCGUCCACAGAUUUUAGCUUUCACCCAUUUUUUAUACCAAGCUUCUGUGUAAAUAUGUGUCACAGUUUCAGUGACAAAACUCACUGGUUUAAUAUUAUGAUCUAAACUAAAGUGAUAUUGACCUUUAAAAAAAAAUAGCUUUGUGGUGUUGAGCUGCCUGCAAUAUUAUGUAUGAAUCCAAUCGGAAGCUUGGAGGCUGCUGUAUAAUUAGUCUUGGCUGGAAAGUUUUCAAGACGAGUCUUCUUGGGCCUUGGCUAAAACACUGCAUGUACCUAACGUUACCAUAGAAGCUUGAGUUGUCUGAGAAAUAUGCUUGAAACCUUUCAGGAUUACGCCAUGCAUCCUGCCACAAAGUCAGUCCAUUUCUGAAAUGCAGGUACUGUCAAUUUAUAAUAAUGUUUAAUUAAGAACACUGAGAAGUAAAGUUGUACCUUCGGCCCUGGCUUCCUUUUCUCUCGGUGACACAAUGAACUCGGCAACAUGGUGGGCUCAGCAGUAAAUGAUGGAUUCAUUUCUAUGGGAUUUUCUUGGCCAUCAUUUCAACCUCAGAGUUGCUUCAAUUAUGUCUUGAUAGAUAUGACCCGGCUUGUUUAACUUUAUCUCAAAUAAUUUGUAGAUACAGAGCAAACUAGUUAUUAAUCAGGUAUGUUAGACACAUUAUAUUGUAUAGGUAAAAUACUAUACUAGUGGAGGCCAUAUGUUUCUUGUGAUUUGUAUAUACACUAUGACAAGGCACCUUAUUUGUACUGGGGCACUAAUAUGGAAAACUACUAAGCUCAUUCAUUCUUAAAUUGCCUGCCUCCCCAAAAGUCUUCCUUGCUGCCACCUCAGGAAAUAUUGCAUAUUUUGCCUUCAUUGCACUCCAUGGGAUUAGUCAGACACUCAUUGAUCACCUUGCCUUCUACUGCUGCCAAAGGGAGCCCUUAAAGGAGAAGGAAAGG